UUUCUCAAGCAUUACGCAGUAUUGUUGAUUUUGCCAAAAUGACUGAACAAUUGUUCACCGCUUUGUCGUCUAUCAAGGAAUUACGCUCGAGUGUGGGCGAAAUCUUUGAGUCCCUGGGUGGCGGAGUGAGGGCUGAACAUGGGGUGGAAGGAAGAGAUGCCAAGUACUUGCUGGAAUUGCAGGAUUUACUGAAUGCCGUGACGAUGAAUUUGAGGGAUGUCGAGGCAGCUAUCAAUGUGCUCACACCACCAGCUGGACCCUUCAACUUAGGCAACUCUUCCUUCCUCUCCCAGGAAACCACUCAGGAUCGCCAGGCUCUGUAUUCCCAACUGGUGAACAGCUACAAGUGGAUCGACAAGAUUCGGGAGCACAGCAACUUGGCAGCUAAUCUGCUGAGCCACAACGCUCUGAAGAGAUCCUACUCCACCAAUUCCACAAAGAGACGGCGUCCCCUCACGUCCAGCCACAAUGUGCUGCCGCAGCAAGUGGACCAAGCGCUCACGGCCAUCGACAGGAACUUCAACGACAUGACCCUCAAAAUCUGGAGGCCUUUCGCCACAAAUGUGAUCCUGCAUAUAAGUCUCAGCAGAGUCCUGAAGGCCGCCGUCGUGUUCAAAGGCCUCAUGAUCGAGUGGGUGAUCGUGAAGGGAUUCGAGGAAGCUCUGGACGACGUGGACGACCUUUGGACGGAGUCCAGGCACAGAGUGUUCCAGCAAGUCCGCGACCACACACACUCAGCAAUGCUCCACUUCUACUCUCCGACGCUUCCGGAGCUCGCCGUGCGCAGCUUCAUGACGUGGAUUCACAGCUACAUCACUCUCUUCUCAGACCCGUGCAAGAAAUGCGGACUUCACCUGCACAACUGCCUUCCGCCCACCUGGAGGGACUUCCGCACACUUGAGCCUUUUCACGUGGAAUGCAAGCAUUGAAUGUGUGGCAAGAUUUACUUUAAUAAUGGACGGAUAAAAUGAGAAUACAAGGAAAUAUGAAGAGCGCAGCAACAA